AUGGUCAUGUCUAAGCCACCACUGCAGACAGACGCGAAUCCACCCCUCUAUCUGCACGCUGAACUUCUUCCCAACAUACGACAAAUCACACUCUAUAUUUCAAUCCCUCGGAACCUCGCUCUCGAUGCGACGGCCCGGCCACAGAUCCAGCUCUCUGAUGACGGUGUCUUUACCAAAUCCCCCCAAAAUGUGACGGACACCGUGAAGCUCCCGGCGCGAGUCAACGAUGCUGCCCGCCUCAUAUUGAAUUCCAAUACACCCCCAAUCAAACAAUCCAUAGACGCGAGUCAUGACUACUCUUUUAGAAUGCAGAUUGAUCCGACUGAUCCGACUCUUAUGCCGAAAGACGAACUAACCGAUGAUCAUGUGCCCUGGACAGCAACUGACAUGUCAAUCUCAACUCGCAUUCGAUGCCGUACCUGUUCGACCCCGUUCCUAGAUGCAUCUGGCCCGAAUAUACCACGCGAUGAAUGCGAAAAUGAACUCAAGGACAAGAAAAUUUCUGGCUGGAUGUGGAAGGAUCUACCAAGUGGAAACUGGGCUGAGAUGAUGGACUUUUGGCAUUGCCACAAGCCAGAUCCGCACGAGGACGACCCUAAAUCUGAAGCCAAAGCUGCGCUUAAGGUCGAGGAAGAGAAUGCCCAAAUUAAAGGGUACGGAGCGGGGAGUCGUGUUGAGGCCAUCUCUGGAACGGUUCUUAUCGAUGUCGCUACUUUCCUGGUUGCAGAGUCAGACUGUGUGGGUUUGAAAAAGGGAAAUGACGAAGAAGCGAGAUCAGACCCCACAUCAUCUCAACAAAGAACACUGGACUGUGUAUCGUGUAACGCAAUCAUCGGCAUGGAAGAUCCAUCCGCAAAUGGAUGGCGUCUCAUGAAAGCGAACGUCUCCCUGAAUACAAACGAAGUCGACUCCGUAGAAGAGCACUGGCAAAGCCACCCCACUGAACUCAUCGUCGCGGCCCAAUUACUAGAGUUGAUUGAGCGAGAGAGUGCACGAAGAUUUGUCGUUCACUUUGGACAGAAAAGUGGACUUCUGCUUUGGGUUUUCAACCCUGAUCUCCGUUACUCCAACUCCAAUUCAGGACACAGUAUCAGUGCACAGCAAGCUAUGAAAGUGCUUUUCCAGACAACGGAGGAUGUGGAUUCGAUGCUGAAUCGUGAUAUGGGUAGACCGUCUCCAUUAUCUCUGGAGGAGCUGGAACUUCCCUCGAUGAUCUACCAGGCUUUGUGGAUUGCAUUAACCAGGAGUAAUCAAAUGCUGCCUCUAUCGGCCAGAAAUUUCAACGAGUGGACGGUCGGCCUGCUGGACCGGUAUAGCCGAGCCACGCGAAAUUAA